AUGGAUAGGCGACGAUGUUCGCCCUCAUUUUGGCAGGAUCUUGGUAUAAUUCCAGCUUCAAUGGGUGACCGGCAUCCGCGUCCACAGAAAGUUCACGACGAAAAUCUGGUCGCACAUUAUCCUAGAAAACUCAGAAACACAAAAAGGUCAAAAAGAGUUUCCCAAAAGGAGGAGCUGUUCGAUAUGUUGAAAUUAGAAAAUGUACUAGACCAAGCCAUUACUGUAAGAGACAAUGGUUUUCUCGAAAGAAACGGGCGACAAUUGUCAGGUGUGGAGAUCUGCAACGAACUGGAUAAUGUGACGAGUAGGUUGGUAAACAUGCACAUUCAAGGGGUGAAUAACGCAAUCGGUCACCGACAGCAUGAGGAGUGA